AUGGACGAUUAUUUGGGCGGUUCCGACACAAAAGAUAAUGCACUAAAGUUACGUAAUUCAUUGAUUGAAGUAAUGCGCCGAGGUGGUUUUCCGCUAAGAAAAUGGAUGUCAAAUAGCUCCGAACUACUCACCGAUAUUCCAGAUAUAGGAAAUAAAUCAAUGACCAUUAUGGAACUUGAAAAUGAAAUGACUAAAAUUUUAGGUUUAUUAUGGUGUCCGGAACGCGAUGUUUUUAAAUACAAAAUCGAAAUAACAAAGCUCAACGAUCUAACAGUUACAAAAAGAAAUAUAUUAUCACAAAUCGCUUCAUUGUUCGACCMGCUAGGUCUYGUUGGUCCUAUAGUAAUACGCGCAAAAAUAUUAAUGCAAAAAUUGUGGCAAUUACAAUGCGAUUGGGAUAAACCGGUACCUAUCGAAGUAAAAAAUGAGUGGAAAAGUUAUUUAAGUUCAUUAAAUUAUCUACGUGAGUUAGAAAUACCACGAUAUCUCGGUACUGAAAUUAAUUAUGAAAUACAAAUACAYGGCUUUGCGGACGCUAGUUUAUUAGCAUACGGGGCGUGUUUAUAUAUUCGUUGUUCAAGUAUAGAGAAUGUACACGUUACCAAACUUAUUUGUGCAAAAUCAAAAAUAGCACCUUUAAAAAUAAUAUCACUACCUCGUCUUGAACUAUGCGCCGCCGUAAUACUUGCGCGUUUAGCAAAUAAAGUGUUACCGAAAUUAAAAUUAAAUAUAAAAGCUAGGUACUUCUGGACGGACUCUUCUAUAACAUUGGCCUGGAUUAAAUCUCCGUCUUCAAAAUGGAAAACCUUUGUGUCUCAUCGAGUAGGUGAAAUACAAGAUAUAACCAGUUUAAAUGAAUGGAACCACGUUAGCAGUCAGGAUAAUCCAGCCGAUUUAAUAUCUCGCGGUUGCCGUCCCGACCAAAUAAUAAAUAAUGAAUUAUGGUGGGAGGGCCCUCAUUGGCUCACCGACAACUCCGACAAGUGGCCUAAAUCAAAGAUUAACCUUAACGUUGGAACUAUACCGGAAGCUAAAGAAAAAAUCGUUCUAUUAAUAAAUCCUAUAGAUGAAAACCUAAUUAAAAAAUAUUCAUCGUGGAAUAAAUUAUUACGUGUGUUUUCUUAUUGUUUACGUUUUAUUAAAAUUCGUGUCAAAAAACUGAAAAUUGUGGGUCCAAUUCAAUCUGAAGAACUACGAGAAGCUGAAAUCGCU